ACUCUUUGUUCUGAUUGACGUUCCAUUCCAAGAUGGCAGACAUGCCGCUUGAGCCAUGAUAGUAUGGAAUCGUAGGAUUACGAUUUUUAGGUGUGUCUUUCUAAAUAUCGAACUAGAAUGUCUCCCGAAUUCUUGACUAAUGUCUUAUACGAAUGUACUGACGAUGUGAAACAACUCGCUCGCGUUAAGUGCGCUAGUUUUAGGUAACGUUUGUGCCGGGACAUAUGUAAUAAAACGGUGAUCGAAAUUGUGUUUUUCGGUGUGUCGUGUACGAUAAGUAUUCUGGUUUGAUGUUAAAUUAAAAUGUGGAAUAUGAUGUGCGACGUGAUGCCCACUAUAUCGGAGGACAGUAUCAGUCAAAGGAGUUCGCAGUUAUCCGGUGAGGAUGCGAAUUUCGAGCAGUUGAUGGUGUCUAUGCUGGAUGAGCGAGAUAAGCUGGUGGAGAGCUUGCGAGAGACACAGGAGCGGCUGGGGGACUCGGAGCUGCGCCUCAAGGAGGUGGAGAAGGAGCGCGACUCGCUGCACAGACAGAUCGCCGCCAAUUUGCCUCAGGAAUUCGCAACACUCACAAAAGAGCUCAAUCAGGCCAGAGAACAACUCCUCGAAAGGGAAGAGGAGAUUUCAGAGCUCAAAGCAGAGAGAAACAAUACCAGGUUACUGCUAGAGCACCUAGAAUGCCUAGUAUCAAGACACGAGCGCUCCUUGCGCAUGACAGUAGUGAAGCGACAAGCAGCCGCGCAGUCCGGCGUCUCCUCAGAAGUCGAGGUCCUGAAGGCGCUCAAGAGCCUCUUCGAACAUCACAAGGCUUUAGACGAAAAGGUGCGGGAGCGGCUACGUGUGGCGUUGGAGAGGAAUACCGCUCUCGAAGAAGAACUAGCUCUCACUAAGGAAGAAUUACAGCAAUACAAAUCAUCACAAGACGACAAGCCGAAGGAGAACGGCACCGUGCCCACCGGCUCGCCCGAACAGAACGGGGAACAACAAACUACUAAGGAUCCAAAUAAUGUAAACGGCGAAUCGGAGACGACAAGGAAAAUCAGUGAGCUCCAAAAUACGAUCGCCAAGCAGUCAGCAGAGCUAAGCUCAUGGCAGCGGCGCGUGGCCGAGCUGAACAACAAGGUGUCGGAGCUGGAGGAGCGCCUCGCCAAGGGAGAGAAGGAGCUCGCCAAGAAGCAGGACGAGUGCGUCAAGCUGCAGCGGGACCUUAGGGAGAACGUGGCGCAGAAGGAGGAUCAGGAGGAGCGCAUAACGACAUUAGAAAAACGUUACCUGAACGCGCAGCGCGAGUCUACCUCCCUACACGACCUCAACGAGAAACUCGAACAGGAGCUCAACCACAAGCAGGCACAACUUAAGUUGCAAGAGGAGAAGAUUGCAGCCAUUGAAGAGAAGUUGGAGUUGUCCACGCAGAAACUGGCUCAGAUGUCCUCGUUGCCAGAAAUGGAGGAACAGCUCAAGGCGAGGAUGGAAGCCCUCAGCCAGGCGCAGGAGCGUCACGGGUCUGCGGAGGACCGCAUCCAGCGGCUGGAGGCGAGCGUGGAGGAGAAGAACGCCGAGCUCAUGCGCCUCAACCAGCGCCUGCGCAUGAACGAGGAGCACAACACGCGCCUCUCCGCCACCGUCGACAAGCUGCUCUCCGAGUCCAACGACAGGUUACAAGUGCACCUGAAGGAGCGCAUGCACGCGCUGGACGAGAAGAACGCGCUGACGCAGGAGCUGGACAAGACGCGCAAGUACGCCGACGAGCUGCUCGGCGACAAGCAGGACAUACUCAAGGAGCUCGCCAAGUGGCGCAUGGAGACUGAACAGCUGAAGCGUCAGAUGCUGGAGCAGGAGAUCGCGUUCAACAUCCAGCAGACGGACGCGCUGACACGCUCGCUGUCGCCCGCCGCGCAGCCGCAGCCGCCAGCCACGCUCUUCCAGCCCAAGUUGGACGGCUCGUGGGAGAAGCUGCAGCAGGCGCACGUGAUGGCCAACGUGCAGCAGCCCUUCGACGUCUCCAGCGACGCUGAGAACGAGGAAUCAGACGGCGGCGUAGAAGGCGGUCACACGGACGCGGCGGCACUGGCUCUCAUGCUGCAAGAACAGCUCGACGCCAUCAACACCGAGAUCCGCCUCAUCCAGGAGGAGAAGCAGACCACGGAAGCCAGGGCUGAGGAGCUCGAGUCUAGGGUGGGCAGCUACGAGCACAUGAACGUGCUGGCGCGGCGCGGCGAGUCGCCCCCGCGCGCCGCCUCGCCCUCCCGCGCCCUGCGGCCCGCGCACCACAAGUACCAUACCGCGCCGGCGUCGAUGUCGCCCGCGCAGCACUACCGCGCGGCGCAGGCGUCAGAGUCGCUGCCCGCCAGCCAGCUGCAGCUAUGCGAAGAAGGAGCGCCAGGCGUAGGCCCAGUCGGCCCCGCUGAAGGGGCGGAGUCCCCGCUGACGGCGCGGUCGCUGCGGCUGGAGCGAGCCGCCAGAGCGAUACAUGCGGAGAGAGACCGGCUGAGGACGCACUAUCAGCCGCCUUAUGACUCGACUUCAAUAAUGUCGGGGAGUCUCGCACGGAUCCCUAUGCACAGCAAUAUUUCAUCCAGUUCAAGCCAAGAGUCGCUGGGCGGGGCGAGCGCAGGGCUCGGGGGCGGGACUUGGGGCGGCUCCACCUCCCGGCCCGGCGCCGCCUCCGCCGCCUCGAUCGCGUCUAUGCACCAACAGAAGAAGAGAGGCAUCAAGAGUUCCUUAGGAAGGUUCUUUAGUAAGAAGGAGAAGGCGGGAAUGCCGCUGCAACAAGGUCAGAGUCCCCGCUCGAUGUCGUCAGUGUCCUCGCUGGGGCUAUCGAGCCUGGCGGACGAGGCGGCGGCGGGCGAGGCGCUGACGCCGCACGCGCCGCUGUCGCACGCGCCCAUGUCGCACCAGGACUAUGCCAGGACCAAGAGCAAAGAGCGCGACUACCGGCACGAGCUGCUGGGCGAGGCGAUGCGGGCGGGUACUCCAUUCGCGCUAUGGAACGGGCCCACCGUGGUGGCCUGGCUGGAGCUGUGGGUGGGCAUGCCGGCGUGGUACGUGGCCGCCUGCCGCGCCAACGUGAAGUCGGGCGCCAUCAUGUCGGCGCUGUCGGACCAGGAGAUCCAGCGCGAGAUCGGCAUCAGCAACCCGCUGCACCGCCUCAAGCUGCGCCUCGCCAUCCAGGAGAUGGUGUCGCUCACGUCGCCGUCCGCGCCCAGGGGCACCGCCUGCGCCGCGCUCGCCUUCGGGGAUAUGAACCACGAGUGGAUCGGCAACGUCUGGCUGCCUUCAUUAGGUUUACCACAAUACAGAACGACGUUCAUGGAGUGUCUAGUAGACGCGCGGAUGUUGGAGCACCUCACCAAGAGGGACCUACGGACGCAACUCAAAAUGGUCGACAGUUUUCAUAGGACGUCGCUGCACUUUGGCGUGGCUUGCCUCAAGCGCGUUGGGUACAGCGUCCGAGCGCUUGAAGAGCGUCGCCGAGCCGCCGAACACGGCACACGUGAUGUCCUCGUUUGGACUAAUGAGCGGUUGCAGCGCUGGCUUGUCGCCAUCAACCUCAAGGAGUACGCGAACAACCUGUCAGAGAGCGGCGUGCACGGGGCGCUGAUCGCGCUGGACGACAACUUCGACGCCAACUCCAUGGCGCUGGCGCUGCAGAUACCCACGCAGAACACGCAGGCGCGGCAGAUCCUGGAGCUGGAGUUCGGCGCGCUGCUGGCGAGCGGCACCGAGCGCGCCGCCCGCGUGCACGACCACGCCGCCUCCUGACACCACACGCUCAACUAGGCCACGUGGUACCCGCAGUAGCGGCCGGCUGACGAGCGGCUCGCCCGCGUAUAGUCAUACGUUAACUUAGUACACUAUUUAUUUGGUACAAAGCUCUGUUCACUUCCGAACCUCGCUAGUCUACGCGCCCGACUAUAAUGUUCUAUAUGGCGGCAUUUUAUAGUAAUACGCUUCUCCAUUCGUGUUUAUAAUGUAAAUAUUUCACUACAGCUUCUUAACAGUAUACCCGCGAGUCCAACCGUCGCCACGAUAUCUACCAAAGUACUAUAAAAUGCUAUCAUAGGUAAGUUGUUGAUACAAUAAUAUUCUCCAUAAUGUGUAUAUUGAAGUAUACAGUAGCUAAGGCUUCUCUAUAAACUACAAAGUGCUCUGAAAUCUGUAGACUAUGUACUUAAUGUGUAAUCUGAUAUUUAUUAAUUGUAACUUGAUACAAAUGUGUAGUAAUGGCGCGUUGUACCGUGUUUUGUGUACUAUUGUAAGUAUUAUUCGCCUUAAAGUAUUCACUUAGAUGUACAGGGAUGUAUACUUGUUACAAGCAAUGUCGGCUGCUUUGUGGUUGUAGUCACAACUAGACAAACGAAAGAGGACCUUUAGGCUAUGUUUAUAGGUGUCAUUUUAGACGUGAACACAACCACAGGCGCCUAUACAAAAUAUUUAAACAAAUAGCCUUAUAUCGCAAUAGUUUAUUACGUCCGUCUCUUGGACUAUGAUUACAACAAUUAUAGUCCAGGAGACUGACAUUCUUCGCCAUUUUAUUUAAACGUUAAAAACACGGUACACGCUAAAUAAACAUUGACAUACUCUGAUGCCAAAUAUUAGUUAUAUUUUAACUAAUAUACAUUUGUAUAUCGUCGGCUGUACAGUUUGCAAAUGUACUGGUGGACUACUUAAAUAAUUCAAUGACUUUUCUUAAAAAACCUGUCUUCUGCGUAUAAAUUAGAUAAAGUACAAUUUUAUUUCAUCUACUUACAGUAGAUACAUUUCCUCUUUUACCCUUGUUAUUUUCCUGUUUAUUAUUGUUCGCUUAAAUCUAAUACAUAUUCAGUAUUAGUUUGCAAACUGUAUGCGUUCGGCCGCUACUCGUAAAGUUACUGUGUUGUGAGAGAUUACUGUAUUGCUGGUCGACGUGUGAAGACGUCGCCUAAUUCCCUGUGUUCCAACUGUAAUAUCAGCUUUACACUUUGACGAUACACUUGAUAAAUUAAAUAUAUGGGGGAACAGAAAAUGUUGAUAAAAUAGUUAAACGGGGGAGAAAAAGGAUUCUUGCCUCAGUGUGUUUUUGGUUAGCAAAAGUUUCAUAAAUUGGUCUUUUAGAAUGAAAUCAUGACUUAUAAAAGUCAUGCAUAUGUUCCUAAACGUUAUUGGAUUUUGUAUGUCAAUGUAAAUCAGUAUGAUAUGGUUGUUAAGUGUAUCGUAAAGUGUUUAGCUGACUCAGCAGUUGAAGCAACAUUCACUCUCUGUGUCACACGAUUGAACUACAAUCACUAAGGUUACAAUAUGUAUGACAAGUGUAGUCAGUAGUGUGUGACAGCGAGUGUGCCCCGUGUACCAAGUGCCUCCCUGAGGUGUGUAUAUACAUAGCUUUAUGUAGUUGAAUGUGUGCCUCCAAUGUCGCACGAUACUAGUCUUAUGUAAAGUGUUACUACAUUGUUUUGUAAUCUUCUAUUUUAUUAACUCGCUACUAGAUCAGCUGAAACUUAGCUAGGUAUAUUUUUGUUAAGCGUUUUACAAAUAUCCUGAAGUGUGGCAACCCUGUGACGUGUGAGUUGGGUUGCUCCGCGAAUAACAUGAAUGUUGUAGUUUUAUUUUCUGUCGUCGUGUAGUGUGAACUGACAUUUGAGAAUAAUGAUGGAACGUUGUCCUGUAAUUGGCGUUAAUACCACGCUCACAACUAAAUUGGCAAUACUGCCACUAUGUGUUUAUUUUUUAUUAAAAUAAAAUACAAUUUAGAGAAUGAUCGUUUUUAUUGUAAAGAUUGUCAGUGUCACACCUCGCGGCGACUUCAAUAGAUAAUGAAAUAAAACUUAAUGAAUUGUAUAGCUAAAGCGAUUUUAGUUUAAAAAGUGAAUCUUUUUAACCUGUAGCAAAUAUAUUGUAAAUAUUAUCGUUUAUAUAUAAUUUCUAUCGACUGUAGGUGUAAUAGCAAUAUUUAGCUAAGAUGUGUUCAAAACUGAAAGGAUUUUUAUUGUAUUAUUACUUUGUAAUGAUAACCGCUUAUUUAUUAACUAGAUUUUAUUAUUUAUUAAGUUAUUAUAGGAAAUGUAUUAAAUAUACCGGUUUAUUAUAAAAAUUACCUCAGUAUGGUUUGUGUUAGGGCUGCAGCGACUGUCGGUCGGCGCGGCGGUAGGCCUCAGCUAUGUAUAGUUAUCGAGUAACAGUAUUAAUAAACUUAGGUGACAGACGGCGCCACCGGUGUGAUUUUUUUAUAAAAUUAAUUAAUUUUUAAUCGUAGAUAAAAUUUGGAUAUAUACUUCUCGGAGUAAGGUUGUACCCGGCGUCAAAUGUUGCCAGAUGUGAAAUAUAUAACUUAACAUUCGCGUUUGUCUUCAGCAUGUUGCUCAUUAACUGUCACGUCUCGCAACGUAUGGCGCGGUGCAUUUUCAAAAUUUUUCAUAAAUAAAUUGGAAAUGUGAAUGGUAUCUACUUUGUAUUGGUGACACGUGCGGAGCGGAACGCGUGGCGGACGUAUCGCGGCUGCGUUCUCACUCUUGUCUAUAUCACCCUAGCCAGGCUUCACAAAACAUAUUUUAAACUUAUAUUAAACUAAAAUUCACUUAAAAUAUUAAAUGCCUCGAGAAAAACUAUCAAAUAUUAAAAAUAACUCCUAAAACUACAAUAUUGACACUUGUAUCGUAAGCAAUACGGAAUAAAACUCCGUGCGAUGUUGUCGGUACCUAUGUCUCUCCCUGGCUAGGAGCGGUCGUGAGUCACACACUGAGCUAGCACUGCGGCGGGUAGGCAACGCGUUGCAGACCUGAUAGGGUAUUGUCGCCGGAUAUUGGAGUACGGAAUAAUUGAUUUGACGUUUUUGGUGUUGUAAUUUAUCCAAAAUGAAAAAGUCACUAGAUUUAUUUCGUUGAGUGUAAUUAGUCCUGAAUAUUAAUUAAUUAAUUCCAGGCUCGAAAUUCGCGUGUACUAAGAGUGUGGAAAAUGCGUUUCGUACUCCAAUAGUCCGGUGUAUCUGACGUCUCGUCAAUAAAGCCUGACUCAAUAUCAUACGUACACAUCAUCGUUUCAUUAUCAAAAUAUAAAUAAAUAUAUAUUAGCUACAUAAAGUUUGUAUACAAUGCAACAUGCGAGAUGGUUAUUUAGUUAACUGUUAGUGUACUUAUAGCUUUUCGACGUAGCUAAUCGAGUUUUGUAUAAAGUGGUUUGGAUGACGUAGUAUAGCCGAUGUGUCAUGGCCGCUGUGCGGUCCCUUUGUAAUCGUACACUUUUAUAUGUUCCCUGCAGUUAGCGUAGACACGUGUGUCGUCCGGUUCCUCGCCGUGUCCGGCCGCGUCCGGCGGUUUGUAACGUUCGGAGCGAGUCUGUAACGUGCCUUGUUACACUAGACUAUCUGUUUACGUGUCACUUUGAUCUAUGAACUUUCUUUAUCAUUUAACGAUUGGCAGUCACGCCGAUCACUUCUAGUGGACGACUAUUGUUCACUGAGAUUUCGUACAUAUAAGUACAGUAGGUGUUGUUGUAUUGUUAAUAGAAGUUACAUAUCUAAUGUUACAAACGCCCGGCGCCGGACACGUUGUGCAGCGACGAGUGUUGCCAGUAGUCCUCCACAAGUGCCAAGUAACCGCCGGUUUGGAACGGACGCGACCGAACAAUAACUAGAAUAAUUUACUCACAUUCCAACUCCGAUGACGCACGAUCGGACCCCUAUCGAACAAAAACAAAUCAAUAUUUUUCCAAGAUUUUAAGUCCCAGUGGCUCGCGCUACCAAAGAAUAAAGUUACCUUCACGUUAAGGAGUUAAUGUAAAAUAUGUUUAUUAGUGGAAAUCAAUUGGAUAUGUAUAUAAUUUGGCCUGUGUGUGCAUAGCUUGUUAUAGUGACGGGAUAGUAUCGAAGCGCGCGGGUUGCGUCUCGUCACCGCGCGUUACAUUCCAACGCUUUCCGUGUUAUAUGAUCGCUUUGGCCCUCGACUAGAUAAUCGGUAUAUCGUUACAGGAGAACCCUUCUAACGGCCAUUGUUUUGAUGUCAUAACGAAAUUGUUAACUAGACAAUGUUUAUUUUGACCAAUGUAAUCUGUACUAAUGUGUAAUCUGUACGUUUGUAAAAACGUUUAUCAAAAGUGCGAUGACGGCAUACGUUGUGCAUAAUGAUAAGAGGUAAAUACAAUUUACACGAUACAA